CGAAAAACGGGCUAACUCUUGGUGGCGCACAUUUCCACAUUUCAGUUGGGAUUUACGAUCUGAGCGGUCAAGUUGUGGUUCGACGAGCUGCGCUUGAAUGGCGGCAUUUGCGGUUCAGCUCGGUUCGGCAUGGUUAGGGGUAGCAGCUGUGGCUGUGGUCUGCCACUGGUCGCGUCCGUGGUGUGCAGACCCCGCAGUGUGCUUAAAACUGUUUCAUUAAAGUGCAAACUCAGCUAAUGUGUUCAAUUAAAGAGCAAUCCGUAGAAACCAAUCCCCCAAAACCCCGCAAAACGAAGCAACCAUGGCAUUAGCUUAUGACUGGAAAAGCAAUGACGGCUUUGAUGCCGACUUUGGCUGGAAUCGAUCCUUCUCCGAACCCGAUCUUUCUGUCAACCAGAAGCAGGGCGAUCUCAGACGGUUCGCCAUCAAGCAUCCGCACGAGUACAUAGCCAUCGAUGAUCUAAAGUACUUCCGCCACCGCCAGCCCGACCAGUUACACACCCAGAGCAACGUCUGUCUCUACAAUAGCGAUGAGCCCGUACUGUCCUUCGGCUCGCUAAAGUCAGAGUACUGCCGGCAGUACCACAGCCACGGCAUUACCGGCCAAUCCAGCCAAAGGUCAUUGCUGAGGCGCGCGACAUCGCUGCAUCUGGAGGGAUUCAUGCAUCUGCUGACGGAAAGCCAGGACAAAUAUCACUGGUACACCCCCGAAGAUCUGAAAUUUUCUCGUUGCUAUCCCGUCCGCAAUCCAGAGAACCUGCAGCUGGGCGGAGACGCCGAUGGCGAGAACAACAUGAAGAACUCCUCCUAUCUGAUGGCGCCCAUGCUGGACGCCGGCACAAAGAUACUGCCACGUGAAGUGUUCCUCGGGGAGGGCGAGGCAGCAUCCAGCAGGAAUCAGGUGCACAACAGCUUGGCCUCCGACAAGUUCAAGCGCGAUGUGGCCGCCCAGGAGCAGCAGAGAUGUCACCUACAGAUGCGCGCCCAGGCCGUGGACCAGCAGCCAGAACCGUCAGAGUACAAGCGACAGUUUGUCCAGCAGUUUCCGGAAAAAGCCCACUCCAUACCGCAGAUAAGUAACAUCAAGAUCCAAGGCGACUUUGUGGCUGUACCGGAGUACAAGGACAGCUUCAAGAUGUACGCCAACUACUCGAAGAGUGCGCCCAUCAAGAAGGAUGAUAAUCUGCGCGUCUCCGGUUCGGAGCGGGGAAGCGAUAUCAGGCCAGGGCUGCCCGGUCAUGGCCACAGCCAUGCUCCCGAUGUGCCAGAGUAUCGCGACAAAUUCAUCGACCCACCCAAGCACAUGGCCAAAGAGAAAUCACUCAAGACGGACGAUCACCUGCGGCCUCGGGGCGAGUUCACCCGAGAGAUUCCCGAGUAUCACGAGAGCUUCCGAGACCCGCAAAUCACCGAGAUGCCCGAGCGGGGCAAGGCACGGGAGCCGUUUCUACGCCUGAGGGGCAAAAUCGAAUUUAAUCCCGAGUAUCGAAACAAUUACCUGGAUUUUCCACGCUCCCGGCCAGUUGUACAUAAGCCGGCCUCCUCCUUCCGGCUGCCACACUCGGGCGUCCACAAAGUCCAGCCCAACGUCAGCAACGGCUCCUCCUCCGACAAGCAGUAUCAGGAAGAUCCCGAGCCUGCCACCUGCACCACAGUGCCGCCAUCGGAGAUGGUCGCAACGCCAGAGUAUCGGCGGGCCCAGUAUAAUUAUCAGCUGCGUGAACGGCCUCGGGAAUACGACGUCGUGGGCAAUCUUCGCAAGAGUUCGGAAUCAUCGCUGGAAGUGCGUCCACCACAGCCGCAGCAGCUCAUCUCCCACAAGCGAAGGACCUCACGCCAACGUCUGGUGAAGGAGCCUCAGCCAGUGACCUCCAGCUUUGAGGAUGUGGGUGGCAACGAGGCGAAGAAGCCCGCUCGAUACGGCAGACGAUCUUCCGUAAUGCAAAAUGCGCUCAAUUGCCGCGAGAAAUCGUCAAUAGUCGAAGGCAAUCCCAAGUACGCCGCCGCGGGCUGUCGGCGGGCCAAACAUAAUAAUGGGAGCCAGAAGGAUCAGCAGGGAUCGGGAUCCUUUGUGGUGCUCGACGAGCCGGGUAAGCCUUCCAAUUGGAUGAAGAAGACCUGGUACGAUUCCUAGGCCCCGUAAUCGACACCUAAAUACGAGUAUUCUAUUCAUAAUCUCCCGAAUUCUAAAG